AUGUCACUUAAUAAAUAUUGUUUACUUAAAUCACCCAAAAAAAUUUUCCAACAUUUUUGGAGAAAUCUUAAUCUUCAAGAACAUGCUUCUAUGUCAUUGUUAAAAAAAAAUGGAGUACCAGUACCACCAUUUGCCUUAGCUAAAACACCAGAAGAGGCAUAUAGUAUUGCAAAAACAUUGAAUGGAAAUGACUAUGUUGUCAAGGCACAGGUUCUUGCAGGUGGACGUGGUAAAGGACAUUUUACCUCUGGUCUUCAUGGUGGUGUUCAUAUUGUCUUCUCACCAGAGGAGGCUCAAAAUAAGGCAUCUCAAAUGAUUGGUUCAAAAUUAAUUACUAAACAAACCACUUCUGAUGGUAAAAUUUGUAAUUCUGUUCUUGUUGCAGAGAGACUUUUUACAAGAAGAGAGUAUUACUUUUCAAUUAUGCUUGAUAGGCAUACAAAUGGACCUGUUUUAAUUGGAUCAUCUAAAGGUGGAAUGAAUAUUGAGGAGGUGGCUGCUGAGGAUCCUAAUGAUAUUGUGACACUUCCAAUAAAAAUUGAGGAAGGAUUAACUGAUACUUUGGUGGAGAAGUUUACCAAAGAUAUGAAAUUUGGUGAUAAAAGCUUAGAUAAGGCUAAAGAUAUUAUCAAAAAGUUAUAUGAAAUGUUUAUGCAGAAUGAUGCUUUACUUAUUGAAAUAAAUCCAAUGGCUGAGGAUGUCAAUGGAGACAUUUAUUGUAUGGAUUGUAAAUUUAGUGUUGAUGAUAAUGCACAAUUUAGACAAAAAGAUCUCUUUUUAAUGCAAGAUUUUGAACAAGUAGAUGAUUUAGAACACCGUGCCUCAAAAUCUAACCUUAAUUACAUAAAACUUGAUGGAAAUUUGGGAUGUUUAGUUAAUGGAGCAGGUCUUGCUAUGGCAACAAUGGACAUCAUUAAUCUUCAUAAAGGUGUACCAGCAAACUUUUUAGAUGUUGGAGGUGGUGCAACAACUGAAGAAGUUACAGAAGCUUUAAAAAUUAUUACAGCUGAGGGAAAUAAUGUAAAUGCAAUUCUUAUCAAUAUAUUUGGAGGAAUUGUUGAUUGUAGUAAUAUUGCUAAAGCAAUCAUAGCUUCAGCAAAAGAUAUCAAUAUUCCAAUUGUUUGCCGUUUACAGGGAACAAAUGUAAUCACAGCUAAAGCACUUAUUGCUAAUUCUGGAUUAAAAAUUUUUUCAUGUGAUGAUUUAGAUGCAGCAGCACAAUUAGCUGUUAAACUAUCAACAAUAGUUCAAUUGGCUAAAGAAUCAUCUCUUGAUGUUUCAUUUGAAUUACAUAUUUGA